AUGGCUUCUACUCUGAUCGUACCAGCACAUAUCAAGUACAUUCAAAACCUUGGCGCUAACAAAGAUGACCUAGCCUACCAUACGACCGCCCACCUCCGCAUGAAUGCAGUCUACUGGGGACUCACUGCUCUAUGUAUCAUGGGUGCGAAGGACGCGCUAGAUAAGGGGGAGAUGAUAGAGUAUGUGAUGAGUUGUUGGGACGAUGAGGCAGGCGCGUUUGGUGCACACCCAGGACAUGACGCGCACAUUCUCUCGACGCUGAGCGCAAUCCAAAUUUUGGUCAUGCAGGAUGCUCUAGAUAGAGCAGAUGUGGACAGACUAGUUCAAUUCAUAUUGUCCCUACAACAACCAUCUGGCGUAUUUGCUGGAGAUUCUUUUGGCGAGAUAGACACUCGCUUCUCCUACAUCGCCGUCAAUGCCCUAUCCCUCCUUGGUCAACUCGAUAAGCUUGACGCAGACAGGAAGGAGCGACUGGUCGAGUAUAUUAGGCGAUGUAAGAACUUCGAUGGUGGGUUUGGGGGCGUCAUUGAUGCGGAGAGUCAUGCUGCGCAAGUGUUUGUCUGUACGGCUGCUUUAGCCAUCCUUGAUCGUCUGGACGUGGUGGACGAGCCGAUGCUAGCAUGGUGGCUUGCAGAGAGGCAGCUUCCUAAUGGUGGGCUGAACGGCCGCCCAGAGAAGCUUGAGGAUGUUUGCUACAGCUUUUGGGUGCUCUCAGCUCUCUCAAUCGUCGAGAAACUCGAAUGGAUAGACGCAGACCAGCUCACUUCUUUCAUUCUUUCGGCCCAGGACCCCGACGCAGGCGGGAUUGCCGAUCGGCCAGGAGAUAUGGCCGAUGUCUUUCACACGCUCUUCGGUGUCGCUGGUCUUUCGUUACUCGGAUACCCUGGACUGAUUGACUUGGACCCCGUGUAUUGCAUGCCUGCGGAGCUCAUUGAGAAGAUGGGAUUGAGGAAGAGGUGGAGUGCUUUGCCGAGGAAGGCCUGACGUAUACUGCAGCGCGUUUCGACGAAAAGCGCAAACUGUCACAAUAUGUGAUAUACUUGCGACCAUCUCUAUCACAGUAACUCAACAUUAUCAAUGACAAUCUUCGCCCGAGCACAUGUUCGGACAUCAUGGUUCUCGAUGUUUUCCGCGACGAAAACGCAAACUUGUCUCUGACGGCAUGCUCUAUCUCUGAUACCAUUCGACUGUGGCAGCCCAUCACUCACCUUGUGCACCAUAGUCUUCCGUCAUCUCAUCGAUGAUCAUACUCCUUACAUGUAUCUUGGCUUGAGUAGUGCUGAACCUGUGCAGUGACAUCCCG